AUUAUUUCUCUUCCUCAUUUAUAUCGACUAUUGGCAUCGAUUUCAAAAUCAAAACUGUUGAGUUAGAGGAUCAGCGGAUUAAGUUGCAGGUUCGCAUCUUGAAAAAAUUAACUCUUACACAACAGAUCUGGGAUACUGCUGGUCAGGAACGGUUUCAGACAAUCACCGCCUCUUACUACAGGGGUGCGAUGGGAAUCAUGCUUGUUUAUUCCGUAACUUCGAAAAAGUCUUUUGAAAAUAUUGCCAAAUGGAUGUCUAACAUCAAGAAUCUGGCUUCAUACGAAGUAGAAACUAUUAUUAUUGCAAAUAAGGCUGACAUGACACAACAGAGGGAAGUUUCCUCUGACGAAGGCAAAGGAGUUGCUGAGAAAUACGGGGUUAAACAUUUUGAAACCAGCGCAAAACUUGGAACAAACAUUGAGGAGGCCUUUAUGGAGCUCACGAGGGCCAUCCUCAACAAGCAGCCCAAAGAUCAGGACAACUCCCAACGUGGACAAACCUAUCGCCUUUCUGAACCAUCCCAGCGCCAACGCCAGAGCUGUUGCAAUUUCUAA